UCCUGUCUCCGUGUCCAGGAGGGAGAGAAUCCGGACUCCUCUUCCUCUUCUGUCUUAUUAAAUUACUGAGAUAGAGGCAGUUGUCUCUUUUAAUUCUCCUCCUCCUCCUCCAUUUCUCUCUUGUUUGUGUAUAGCCUUGAACUGAGAUUAUCGUCGGCAAAGGAAGAGCUUGAGGAGGACGAGGCAACUGUUUCCGUGGAAGGUCUGCAGCAAUUGACAAGUUAUCUGUCAUCUCCAAUUUGAGCAGUAGCAGCUGAAGAGUGGACACGGGUUCGAAACCAAGAAUAUGCGGCAACAGCUUCCAAAAGGCUCUGGGAAAGAGGAGAAGAAGAAUAUAAAGAAAACCAGUGUGGGUCUAGCCGCAAUGGAGGAUCAAAAUAAAGUGACUCUGGCCAAGUUCCAUAAAAAUCAGCAAGAAACCCCUCCUCCACGCAUUACAAGGCGAAAGCGGAAGAGAAAUCCAAAGAUGCUUCCGGUCAGGAAAAGAGGUUCUACUCCUCCACCUCCACCUUCUUCUCCUGAUCAUAUGCAGCGCAAUCUUAAGCGGAAGCGGAAUGAAAAGGAGGAGAGAAAUCCAAAGGUGUUUCGGGUUAGGAAAAGGGCUUCUGCUCCUCCACCUCCACGUUCUUCUUCUUAUCAUAAGCAGGUACUUCCUUAUAAGGCCGCGAAGAAUCAAAGUUUUGUGAGUGUUUCUGAUGCAGCUAACUCGCAUUCUAUGAAGCAAGCUAUGGAAGUUCAAAUGAAUUUAGCACCAGAAAUGCCUAGUUUUGUGAAAUUUAUGCGUCAGACCCAUGUCACUAAGUGUUUUUGGCUGUCCCUUCCUGUUGAUUUCGGCAAGAACUUACCAAGAGAAGAUUGUAGCAUUACAUUGGUAGAUGAAAGUGGUGAAGCAUACGAAACCAAGUACCUUGCUCGAAAGGUAGCACUGAGUGCUGGAUGGAGGGGAUUCUCUAUUGCACACAAUUUGGUUGAAGGAGAUUCAGUGGUGUUCGAACUUAUUGAGGCUACUAAAUUCAAGGUGUACAUUUUAAGGGAAAAUGGUUUGGCUAAGUUUUCUGAAGUUGCUGGAGAUCUUCCACUUGCAAAGGAAAAUCUUGCUGGAAGAAAAAACUGUAAUGCAGAUAAGAGAGAUAAAAGGCAUUCAACAUCUCGUUCUUUAUCCAAUCGUCAAGAGAAAAAUCAGAAUGUUACCCCUCCAGGAUCGACUUCUAACCCUGGACCACCAACUGGAGAACAGUUUGAAAUUGACAGUGAAGUUGUUGGCUCUGAAGAUUUGGAAGGCACCAGGUUGGUAACAGCAACCAUGGAAUUUAAAGAUGUGAAAAGCUUUGAGGAUUUCACCAUUAUAGGGAAUGGUUUGAUUAUAGAUUCUGAACUUUCUGAACAUGUUCGAGCCAAGUAUUAUGAGCUUUGUUGUAGUCAGAAGGCUUUCCUUCACGACCUUCUUCCCCAAGGCUUCAAUUGGAAGUUGAUUAGUGGAAUAAUUAUCGAGACUGUGAAUGUGGCCGACUACAUACGAUCUUGCAACCUUAGUACCUCUGAAAAUGACUUCGCAAAUUGGGACAAGUGUUUAGAUGCCUUUGAACGCCUAGGCAUGAAUGUUGGCUUUUUACGCGCUCAUCUGCAACAACUUGUGAGCCUCGCAUUUGAGUCAGAAUGGGCAAUGGAGUCAAAGAUGUACAGUGAAGCUGUGUUCAAAAGAGAUUGUUUGGUAGAGGAGAUAAGAAACCUCAAAUUGAAGCUUAUGGAAUCAAAAAAGGCUUGUGCAAGCUAUGACAAAGAAGUUAAGACUCUGAAGUUGAAGGCUAAGGAACAUGAGGUGAAAUUUCAAGCAGAGGUCAAUGCUCCAUGGUGACCUUUGCGUUUUGUCAUGUUGCAGUUUCCUCUUUUUUGAGUAGCCUGAAUUUUGCAGUUUGACUAACACAACUCUAUGUAGUGGAGAAGAGUUUCUUUUUGUGGAAUGUGAUUUUAGAUGUAUAUUUUUGUGGAGUAUAUGUAGAUCACAAUGUAACUACUGAGGUCUCUCUCCAUCUACAUUUUAAUUAUGUAAAUAACAAAAAGAUAAACUUAAAAGGAAAUGCAUGGUACAAUUAAGGCUGUAA